CGUUGGUUUCAUGGUUCAAAAUCCUCUCAUAUUAUGCCUCCCUUUCCAUUGAAUGGACCAUGAACAACAACUUUUCCGCCGGAUUCCCUCCCCCCGCCGUCCCCGGCCAGGAAGAACUAUCAACCGCUCGUAGUGACUGGGAUUUUUCUCUUUCCACCGUCAUCUCAUCCACCGCCAACGCCACCGUCUCCGACACUUUAGGCGUCAUCGAAUUCGACCCUUCUAAUACCAUCUUAGCAACCGGCGGAAUUGCGAGAAAGAUUAGGAUUUACACUUUGAAUCCUUUGUUGCCACAGGAGGAGACGCAAAGCAUUGCCUUUCUGGACCAUGUUAACGCGUGUGAUUAUUACAUCUGUACCCCGGCUAAGCUCAGUAGUCUUAGAUGGAAAACCGGUUCCGGUGGCCGCGUCUUGGGAUCCGGAGAUUACGACGGCGUCGUCACGGAAUAUGAUCUAGAGAGGAAGCUUUCGAUCUUCGAACGCGACGAGCACAGCGGGAGGCGGGUUUGGAGUGUGGACUACUCCCAUUCGCACCCGUUCCUCGGAGCAUCCGGCUCGGACGACGGAACCAUACAAAUCUGGGACACACGUUGCAGCGAAGGAGGACAAUGUGUGGCGAAGGUACAGCCCACGGCGGCACGGAGUUCAGUCUGUUGCGUCGAAUUUGACCCAUUCGGAGAUGCAUUGGUAGCCGUCGGAUGCGCCGACAUGAAGGCCUACGCCUACGACGUGCGGAGAAUACCGGAGCCCGUAUACACGUUCGACGGACAUACCAAAACGGUGACGUACGUCAGAUUCCUCGAUGCCGGAACAAUGGUUACGGCGAGCACAGACGGGUGCUUGAAACUAUGGAACGUGGAUGAUUCACGGUUGAUUAGAACAUACAAAGGGCACGUAAACAGUCGAAGCUUUGUGGGGCUAUCAGUUUGGAGGCAUGGAGGGUUGCUCGGGUGCGGAUCAGAAGAUAACCAAGUUUUUGUCUAUGACAAGCGAUGGGGUGAGCCCAUUUGGGUGCAUGGUUUCGAGCCAAUGGGCAGAGAUAGGUUCGACCAUGGGUUCGUCAGCAGUGUGUGCUGGAGACAAGUCAAUGAGGACCAGUGCACACUUGUGGCUGGAGGUUCCGAUGGGGUUUUACAGGUAUUUUUCGGAAAGAAAAAAUCAGAUACAUAAUUAUGAGUAUUUUGCAUUGUUGUAUUUCCGAUACCUUAAAUUCUCGACUGAAACAAUUUGAUACUACCACUUUAGCAAUGUUGUGUUAACCGACAUUUUUAGUGCUUUAGUUUAGGGUUUUAGAGUAGAUGCAAUUAUUGUUGUUAAUAUUAAAUAAGCAGCCCAAAAGGGUAUUGAGGACAA